GCAUCUCUACUUAUAGAAAAAAACAGCUGGCAGCCAAUUUUAGUAGUUUUAAUUAAUUUGUGUGUGAAAUUAUAUCGUAAAAUUGUAAUUUUGUUAGAAUUUUAAUAAAUUAACUAAUAAAAUUUACCUAAAUCUCAUAAAGUAAACCAGAGACUGUUUUAGUGUGUGGUAGGCAUACAAAUAUUACCCCCUUCUUCUCACUUCCAAGACUGUGUUGUGUUGACUGAUUGCCGAACAAAGUUCAGACAAUUUACAAUUUAGUUCAAGAUAAUAAUAAUAGUUGAAAGUGAAUAAACAAAAUCGAUAUGUCGGAGAAUGCCACAGCCAGCAAUUUUCGCAGUCCCGUGGUGGCUGAACCUAUUUUAAUGCCCCCCACUAUGGGUGCGGGUGGUGGUGAUAUGGGCAUGUCUAGUUUGGGUUCAGAUGCCAUUUUGAGAACUCCCGCUGGUAAUGUACGGUCUUUGGCAGCACCUCCUUUGCCCAUGGCUCCCACUUCACAAUAUUCAUCUGCCGGUAUGGGUGGUGGUGCUUAUGCUGGAGGUUAUGGUGGCUACGGUGGGGGCUUUGGUAGUUAUGGCGGAGGCUAUGGUGGCUUUGGUUCCAGUUAUGGUGCUGGUUAUGGAGGUUUUGGUGGACUAGGAAGUUAUGGCGGCUAUGGUGGUGGCUAUGGAGCUUAUAACCGUUUUGGCAUGUCUGGUGGUGGCAUGAAUCCUAUGGAUCCGGAGGCCCGUUUUAUACAAUUAGCAGAAGCUAGUUCAAGGCCUGCCUUUCAGAGCAUAGAAUCUUUAGUAUCAGCUAUUGGCAACAUCGCUUCUAUGUUGGAUUCUACUUUCUUUGCCUUAACCAGCUCAUUUAGAGCUAUUCUGGGAGUAGCUGCCAAUUUUGGACGUUUGAGAGGUGUGUUUGCACAAUUUUGGUCUACUUUUGCCAUAUUCCGAGGUCUAACAUGGAUCUACAGAAAAAUUCUCUAUUGGCUGCGCAUCUCUAACUUGGACCCCUCCUCGGAGUCGUUUAAGAAAGCUUUUGCUGAAGCCUUGAAUGAGUCUUCAAGCCAACAACAGGGUGCUCCCAAGCUGCCACGCAAAGGUCAAUCUCCUUGGCCAGUUUUAGCUUUCCUUAGUUUCAUAUUUACGGCUCCUUAUUUGAUUAUGAAACUAUUGGGUACUGUUACCAAUACUGCACAGGAAGAAGCUCGCAAUCCCAGCAAAUGGGUGCAACCCAUAGAAUCCGCGGCUCUUUAUGAUUUCCAAGCUAGAAAUCCGUCGGAGCUCAGCAUACGUGCCGGUCAACGUGUUGUCAUAGCUCCAAAAGAAAUUCAAAACACACUGGCUUUACUUAACACCGGUUGGGCCAUGGCCACUACUGAUGGACAAAUGACUGGCAUAAUUCCCAUAAAUUAUGUAAAAUCACCACAGCAGAUGAGACAGGAGCAAUUAUCGAAACCAGCUAUGGAUAUACAUCAUGCCAACAAUACGCCCAUUCAUGUACCCAUCUCACAAGUAGAUGCUCCUCAGCCUAGUUUAAUGAAUUUAUCCACUUCAGCAUUUGCCGCGCCUCCAGCUGCUACAGCAUCCAACAUUCCUGAUUUUGAUAUAGCACCACAGCCGGUGGGACCACCUAAUACUGCAAAUGUAGUCCUUCAAAAUGGGAUUUAAAUGUUGAAUAGCUAAUAGGUACAAAGGUGUCCUUUUACUGUACACAGUCACACCAGGCCUUGUUUAAAAUGGUUUUCAUUCAGGUUUUUCUUUUAAAUAUUUACAAAAUAAUAAUUUAGUUUUUAAGUUUUUUCAACUUUUUUUUCGCCUUAAAGCUUUUACGUUCAUUCUGGGGCUUUUUUGUAAGAAACUAUAUUAUUAAGGUUAUUAUUGUGUACAAUUUUAAUAAAAAUCAGUAGUAUUGAAUUAUAUAUAAAUAUUUAGUUUUUAUGUUUUUUUUAUAGAAAUUAGCUUUAAAAUUAUAAUCCAAAUUUUUCUAAAAUAAUUUUUAAGUCGAAAAUUAUAUAUUAAAAAAAAUCAAAGAACAUAAAUAAAAAAGUGAUGAAUAAAACGUGAUUAAAUUUUCUUCUAAAAACUUUUAAAAU